CUACUCCCUCCCUCCGCCCGGUACCGCAUUGCUGUAGUGCAGGGGGUCACUGCAUUGCGCUGGCACCGUCAAUAGGUGGACCCCCUCCCAGGGAAAUAAAACAGCCGGAGCCUAAGCUGGCAGCCUCUGCUGUCUGAGACCACAGCUACUGGAACGCAGCGCCGUGUCCACCGCUUCGCUAGCGCCAGCCCUUCACACCUAGCCCGCGAGGAUGGGGAAGGAGAAGACACAUAUCAACAUCGUCGUCAUUGGACAUGUGGACUCUGGGAAAUCCACUACCACCGGACAUCUCAUCUACAAAUGCGGGGGCAUUGACAAAAGGACCAUUGAGAAAUUUGAGAAGGAGGCUGCUGAGAUGGGGAAAGGCUCCUUUAAAUACGCCUGGGUGCUGGACAAGCUGAAGGCUGAGCGGGAGCGUGGGAUCACCAUUGACAUCUCCCUGUGGAAGUUCGAGACCACCAAGUACUACAUCACCAUCAUUGAUGCCCCUGGGCACCGGGACUUCAUCAAGAACAUGAUCACUGGGACCUCACAGGCCGACUGCGCCGUCCUUAUCGUGGCUGCUGGCGUGGGUGAAUUUGAAGCUGGCAUCUCCAAGAAUGGGCAGACCCGCGAGCACGCUCUCCUGGCCUACACACUGGGGGUCAAGCAACUAAUCGUGGGCAUCAACAAGAUGGACUCCACGGAGCCCCCAUACAGCGAGAAGCGCUACGACGAGAUCGUCAAGGAAGUCAGCGCCUACAUCAAGAAGAUUGGCUACAACCCUGCCACAGUCCCCUUCGUGCCAAUCUCGGGGUGGCACGGGGACAAUAUGUUGGAGCCAUCUCCCAACAUGCCUUGGUUCAAAGGGUGGAAAGUGGAGCGCAAGGAGGGCAACGCUAGUGGGGUGUCCCUGCUGGAAGCUCUGGACACCAUCCUGCCUCCCACCCGCCCGACAGACAAGCCCCUGCGCCUGCCCCUUCAGGACGUCUACAAGAUCGGAGGUAUCGGGACGGUGCCCGUGGGCCGUGUGGAGACCGGCAUCCUCCGGCCCGGCAUGGUGGUGACUUUUGCCCCUGUGAACAUCACCACGGAGGUGAAGUCGGUGGAGAUGCACCACGAGGCGCUGAGCGAGGCCCUGCCGGGAGACAACGUCGGCUUCAACGUGAAGAACGUGUCCGUCAAGGACAUCCGCCGUGGGAACGUCUGCGGGGACAGCAAGUCGGACCCCCCGCAGGAGGCCGCACAGUUCACUUCUCAGGUGAUCAUCCUGAACCACCCCGGCCAGAUCAGCGCCGGGUACUCGCCCGUCAUUGACUGCCACACCGCUCAUAUCGCCUGCAAGUUUGCAGAGCUCAAGGAGAAGAUCGACCGGCGCUCUGGCAAGAAGCUGGAGGACAACCCCAAGUCCCUAAAAUCUGGUGACGCCGCCAUCGUGGAGAUGAUCCCCGGGAAGCCGAUGUGUGUGGAGAGCUUCUCCCAGUACCCGCCCCUUGGUCGCUUCGCUGUCCGCGACAUGCGGCAGACCGUGGCCGUGGGCGUCAUCAAGAACGUGGAGAAGAAGAGCGGGGGGGCUGGCAACGGUGGCGCUGGCAAGGUCACCAAGUCGGCGCAGAAGGCCCAGAAGGCUGGGAAAUGAAUCGUAGGCGCCCAGCGCACCGCGCAGAAACCAUCCCCGGCCCCAGGAUGCCUCCACCUCCUCCCCCAGGCGCAUGUGUGCACAUCAGCUUGUAAGAGUUUAUAUGUCAACGACUGGAUGCUCACCAUUAAGGUCCAGUGGAAAUUCUUUAAAAGGAAAAGCAUGUUCCAGCGUUCGUGAGGCUUCAUGUUACUUUUACCAAUAAACUGGUACAACAUCCACAGUG